CCUCCAGGCUGUCCUAGGAACUGUAUAAAAGUGCUCUCGACUCUGCACUCUUCUAAACACUUCUGUGGACUUCAUCUCCUUAGUGAACUCGGUUUACCUCCAUCCCAGAAAGAUGACUUUCUCCAGCCUGUGGUAUCCAGAAUGCGGGGUGGCCCGACCCAGUCCAGUCACUGGCAGCUCCAACGAGCCGUGCGUUAGGCAGUGCCCUGACUCCGAAGUGGUGAUCAGACCCUCACCGGUUGUUGUGACCCUCCCCGGACCAAUUCUCAGCAAUUUCCCUCAACAGAGCGAAGUGGCAGCUGUAGGAGCACCUGUGGUCGGAGCCGGUUUCGGAGGCUCAUAUGGUUUGGGGGGAUUGUACGGCUAUGGAGGCAAUUACGGAGGAUUGUAUGGUUUAGGGAGAUUAGGUGGUUACGGCGGCCGUUACGGUUAUGGGGGAUUCUUGGGCAAUGGGGGAUACUGUGGUUACCCAGGUCUUUAUGGUUAUGGGGGAUUAUGGGGAAAUGGGGGACACUGCGGUUACCCGGGCCUUUACGGUUAUGGGGGAUUAUGGGGAAAUGGGGGACACUGCGGUUACCCUGGCCUUUACGGUUAUGGGGGAUUAUGGGGAUAUAGGGGACACUGCGGCUACCCAGGCCUUUAUGGUUAUGGGGGAUUAAGUGGUUCUGGGGUAUCUUGCCAUAGGUACCUCAGUGGAAGCAGUGGGCUAUGUUAA